AUGAGCAGAGCAACACAGAUUCAUCGGCAUACAUUCGUGCUUGAUAGCGCCCAGGGACUUAAACUCGAUGAGCGGAGUUUUGUGUUGGAGGAGCAUACUGCUACCAUGAGGGAUAUCCCGGCGACGAGGGAGUUGAUGGUGCAGUUGAGGGAGUUGCCUGAGGAGCUACGGGCGUGUUUACGGGGCGUGAAUUACCUUCGGAUUACUUACGUCGCACCCGAUUCGUCACGCCAACAACCCCUACCGCCGUUCGCGAUUGACCUGCCUGGAGGGUUACAUGUGGAGUAUGAGCUCAAGCAUCGUGGUGCAGCGCCUCUUGGAUUCCGUGAGCUUUUGGAAUCUAUCAUCGGUUCUCACGUUGAUGACGGCCCCGACUUCGAACAACGGUUCAUUAAGGUCGACAACCUAAAUUACCUUCACGAUGCCCAUACCAUCGCAGCAUACAUGCGCGACUACCUCACCCAACACAUUAUCGACCACGCAUACACUUACCCCCUAGGCUCCACCUCCUCCCUCUCCCUCACCUACACCAACAAACGCCUCCGCCUCCGCGCCCUGUGGACGAACACCACCGAACCACUGACGGCGACAAUCGAACGCCAUCACGAAGAUACAGUCGAGGUGGGGAUUUUCGAGAGUCAUCUCAUCCCGGGCGUGGAGGAUUUAACGAUGUCUGGACUAACUGCAGCGAUUGGUGAUGGGAACACACAGUUCAAACCGACGCUUAUUUCGUUUCCGCAAAGAACGAGACACUCGGAUACAGCAUAUCGGUCGAGGCUUGAUCCCGCGGUUGGGAUGCACCCGGUGUUGGUAACGCAGAUCACACCCACAGAGCCACCAGCAGAGGAAUGUACCCUCAACGCACUAUACACCCUUCCAUCCUCAGUAUUUCUUGAUAAAUACCAACUAGCUGAUCGUACUGCGUUCAGAUCGGGCGGUAUCUCAUCUCUCCGUAUGUGGGGCGAGACAGACCUCGAAGCGCCGGUAUGGGCAGUCGAUGGAUGGGGCUCGAUAGCGGCUGUGGAGGUUGAUUGGAGGGGGCAGGAGGGGAAGGAAGACGUUACCGUCGAGCUGCCGCUGCAUAUGCGGUACGCUGUACCUGAUGAUGAACAGGGGGUGGAAAUACAGCAGCCGGUGGUGUAUUGGGCGUGCGAAAACGCUGCGCAAUCACCGCUGGAAGAAAAUCCCUUCGACACACCACGAACACUCUACACCCACCUCCACCCCGGCGACACCACUUUCCAUUUCCUCACCCCGACGCUAGAAAACGGAAUGAGAAUAGAGGUACCGACGGCGAAGACGGGAGAUGUGGCGAUGGCGCAGUGGGGAACAAUGGGUGCGAUUACGUUGGGGAUGGCGUGGGUUUGUAGGGCGGCGGCGAGGGGGUGGUUGCGGGGAUUGAGGAGUGAUCGGAAGGGGAAGAAGAAGGAGUAA